AUGGAUGUUUCUAAAAUUUUAUUUAAAAAAGAUCUUGUGGAUAUAAUUGUGAUGUUGAGUAUAAGACCUGCAGAAGUAAGAUCUCUUCAAAUUUUUCACUAUGAACCAGAUCUUUUGAAUGCUCCAAAGAACUCAGAACAUGCAAAGGAAUUGCUUACUUGGAUUCAAGAUACAAUUAAGUUCUUAAAACAAGAACCUUAUAAAACCAUACCUAAAAAAUUAAGAGAUUAUGAAAGUAAACAUGCUUCUAGAAUCCAUAGUGGUAAGAAACCAAUAUUUCAACAUCUUAAACUGCUAUCAAGAAUCACAAUGAGGCAAGAAUCAGACCAUCUUAAUGCAGGUGAUAAUUACACUAUAGGCAAUACAGAAUCAGAAAAGUCUGACUCUGAACCAGAGACAAGUAAUAGUUUAAAACCUCAAAUACAGGCUUCUUUGUUAUCUUAA